AUGCUCGCUACUGGCGCGGCCACAAAUGCAGGCAACGUAUCCCACAUCACAUCGCUGCCUCCGUCAACCAAGACCAAGUUGCGCUCAGCACAAAUCUUGACUUCGUUGCCUCAGCUGGUGUCAGAACUCGUUCAAAACUCUCUGGAUGCAGGCGCAAGAAACAUUGAAAUAUCCAUAGACCCUGAAGACUGGGAGUGCUGGGUACGCGACGACGGCACCGGUAUAUCCCGCGAUGGACUCGCCGUGUUGGCAAGUGGGCCCGAAGCAGGACGUUAUGGCACAUCUAAGGCAUACAAUACUGCGUCGUCGUUAGAUGAAGUGAAUAAUUUUGGGUUCCGCGGCGAAGCACUGGCUUCGAUUGCCAACUUAUGCUGCCUGGAAAUCACUUCGCGGACAAAGGAGUCAAGUGAAAGUUGGACUGUGAUUAUGAAGGGUGGCCAAACACUAUAUACAGGCCCAUCGACACGGUGGCGGAGAGAGACAUCUGGCACAGUGGUUUCUGUGCGGGACGCCUUUUACAAUCUGCCGAUACGCAGAAAGGCUCAUCCGAAUUGUGCAAGGACAGUCGAACUCGUACGAAAGGACGUCGAAGCGCUCGCCCUAGUCUUCCCUGACAUAUGUUUCGCGAUGGAGAAUGUACAGAAGACGAAAGAUGCCACACGAGCCAAAGCCAAGACUCGUUUGCUGACAGUGCCCAAAACUUCAUCUUCAUUAUUGACGUUUCGCCAUCUAUAUGGCAAAGCGCUUGCUACACAUGUCGAAGAAAUUGAUCAAAGCUACGCCGAAAUGAACCUGGAAGGUUUUGUGUCUCUCGAUGGCGCAUAUUCAAAGGCAUACCAAUUCCUCUACAUCAACCGACAUCCCCUGGAGACGUGUAGCCUGCAUCGCAGCGUGGAAGGCAUCUUCGCUCGCACCUCCUUCUACAAGCACGUACGCAGGCAAACCAUACUCAUGCUCACACAUCUCCGUUCGGCAGGUCGCCGCUCACCACGCAAGGUUGAGAAGAAACCAGUCUAUGUCCUUAACUUGACUAUUCCGCCCAGAUUCAUCGACAACACCGUCGAACCCUCCAAGGCAGCUGUUCAACUUCAGAACUCUGCAUCCGCGACGGCUUUUCUCUCCUCCGUCGUGGAAUCCGUCUUGAUUCGACAUGGGUUCCUCCCACGACGACCUCAGAAGCCUGUGCUCAAUCCUGGAAAGCCGUCCCCGCGGAAGAAACGGAAGUUGACUCAUGUCGGAGUAUCGGAUCGGAGUGGAACCUCGGUCGCGCACCAUCUCAACCGCUCCUCGUCCCAACCUGUUCUUGUUCCCACACGCACCGACGGGCUUCUGUGGCAUGAAUCAGCGCCCGAAAUUCUAGAUCCAAGUGACGGAGGGUUGAUAGUGGGGGAAAGCGAAGAUGCCCCUGAUAUCACGUGGAAAAACCCCGCAACAGGAGAGGUCUUCGUCGUGGACGCACGCACUGGCAAUUCGUUUCCGCAGCACAUCGCCGCAGGUGCCUCAAGCGACGCUGUUUCCGGAGGCCCACUAACACGGGCGCGACUAUCCCUCGGAGGUUUUGAUGCAGCCAAGACAUCCGCCGCACCGGGCUGGAUCUCCAACGCCCUCGAGGCCAAUGAUGCAUACAAGCUGGUGGAGCGGAAGAUUCCAGUGCUGGGUCCCUCUAUCGAAUUCGCUCAGCGACGGGUCUCCGAGCGUUGCUCUGAAGGUGUAAGCAUACGCAAGUACGCCCAUCCUCAGCCGUUUUCCCAACUCUGGGAUGGGUCAAACCUAACCCGGUUCAGCAAGGACGACUUGCGCGGGGCCCGGAUUCUCGGACAGGUAGACCGGAAAUUCAUCGCAUGCGUCUUCUCGACGACUACCGACAACGAAACUGAACCGACGGAUAUCCAGCGUGAAGGCGGGGGUGCCCUUGUCUUGAUCGACCAGCAUGCCGCGGACGAGCGGAUUCGAGUGGAGCGUUUCCUUCGCGGAUUAUGCGAAGGAUUUCUUUCACACCCUUGCCGACCCGUGCCCAUAAGGUCCGAGCGCGACGUCCUCGAAGGUGGCGUGCGGACAAGGAAACUCGACCCCCCCGUACAGAUUUUGUUGACAGGACCCGAAGCGGAGCGAAUAGCAGGAUCGCAUGAUGUUCGCAAGGUAUUCAAUCGAUGGGGCCUGGCCUUCUCCGUUCCCUCGGCGCCUAGCACGAAUGCCCUUGCCGCAGAUAGUGGAGCCGAGCAUGCUUCGUACGUCCAGGUUCCGGUGGGUGCAGUGCCCGAAGUGGUCGCGGAUAAGCUUCUUACAGGGGAGGAGCUGCGCGAUCUCGUAAGGGGCUUCCUCGCAAGGCUCGAGUCGGACGGCAUCUUGGAGGUGAUGAGCCUACGUGAGGACGACGAUGUCUCAAACUGGCAGAAGGCCCUGCGAUGGUGUCCACGAGAACUGGUCGAGCUGAUCAAUUCUAAAGCUUGUCGAGGUGCGAUCAUGUUCAACGACACGCUGACCUUCGAACAGUGCAAAGCGCUGGUCGCGAAGCUCUGCGAAACGGAUUUGCCGUUUCAGUGCGCGCACGGGAGGCCUUCAUUGGUGCCAUUGGUUGACACGAGCGGUGCGAGGAACAUGGCGGGCUUGCGACCGGGACCGGGCAUCGAUUGGGGCGAGUUCAUGAGGCAUCGGUGA